UGCCCUGGCCUGACUCACCCAGUAUGGAAGGGGAGGCUGGGAAUGCCCCCUGCGAACACUGUGAGGCCAAUGUGCUUGCCCAGAGCUGCUGUCAAAACUGCUUCCACCCUGAGGAGGCCUACAGAGCAAGGCACCAGGAGCCCGGGAGCCCUCCAGGUGCAGAGGCACCCUACUGCGACCUGCCCUGCCGCCCGGCUGCAUCUGAGGACCCGCACAGAGCCUCAGCCUCUGGGUGCCAGUCUGUGGUGGGCCUCGGCCUUGAGCCAGAGUCCGAGAGGGGCCCAUCGGCAGGGCUCCCUGCAGAGGGCCCCUCAGCCACCCCCAGGAGAAGGAGCUGGGACUCGGAGGCAGUGCCCUAUCUGGAGGGCCCGGCCUCCUCCCUGUGGAGCUUCGACGAGGGCCCCGACUCUGGCACCAGCUCCAGCCCUGACUGCGACGCCCCUGAUGAUACCAGCAACUCGUCCUCUGUGGACUGGGACGUUGUCAAAAGGCGGGAGGAGGCCCCCGGCGGGGACAACAACACCGAGAUGAUCCCUCGGAAGCUGCAGGAGGGGUCAAGAGCUGACAGUACCCAAAGGGCUCCGUCUGUCCUCGUCCGGUCCCCUGUGGGAGGAGACACUGCGAGCCCAAGAAAGGAGGAUACUGGUGGCGGGAGCCGAAGCGCCGGGCAGCACUGGGCGAAGCUCCGGGGAGAAAGUGGGUCCUUCUUGGAGCGGCACCGGGCUUCCUCUGCGACACCACAGAGCGGACCUCGAAGUACCACCCCCCAGGCUUCCCCUCUCCAUCGCGCUGCCCAAAGGGACGCUGCCCAGACUGAUCCCCCCCGAGCUUCCUCUCCCUCCCAACCAGCCCAACGGGACCACCCCAGAACCUCAUCCACCCAGCAGGACACGCACAGGGCUUCUUCCGCACAGCAGAGCACUCCCAGGACGGCCUCUCCCUCAAGAACCGCCCAACGAGACCACUCCAGGACCUCAUCCACCCAACGGAGCAACCCUCGAGUUUCCUCUUCCCCCAGAGCCGCCCAACAGGACAACUCCAGAACCUCUUCUACCCAACAGGACAACCCGCAGACUUCUUUUUCUGCCUGUACUUCUCCACAGGAAAACUCCAGAACAUCCUGUGCCCAGAGGGACCACCCCAGAGGCCCCUCCCCCAACCGGACCACCCAGCGGGAAAACUCCAGAACUUCCUGUGCCCAGAGGGACCACCCCAGAGGCCCCUCCCCCAACCGGACCACCCAGCGGGAAAACUCCAGAACUUCCUGUGCCCAGAGGGACCACCCCAGAGGCCCCUCCCCCAACCGGACCACCCAGCGGGAAAACUCCAGAACUUCCUGUUCCCAGAGAGACAACCCCAGAGGCCCCUCCCCCAACCGGACCACCCAGCGGGAAAACUCCAGAACUUCCUGUGUCCAGAGGGACAACCCCAGAGGCCCCUCUCCCAACCGGACCACCCAGCGGGAAAGCUCCAGAACUUCCUGUGCCCAGAGGGACCACCCCAGAGGCCCCUCCCCCAACCGGACCACCCAGCGGGAAAGCUCCAGAACUUCCUGUGUCCAGAAGGACAACCCCAGAGGCCCGUCUCCCAACCGGACCACCCAGCGGGAAAGCUCCAGAACUUCCUGUGCCCAGAAGGACCACCCCAGAGGCCCCUCCCCCAACCGGACCACCCAGCGGGAAAGCUCCAGAACUUCCUGUGCUCAGCAGAACACCCCCAGAACCUCUUCUACCCAACGGAACAACCCACAGUCCUCUUCCUUCCGGCGGGACAACCCCGGGAGCUCCUCCCCUCAGUGCUGCACCCCAAAGAACAAUCCUGGGCCAUCAUCUCCCCAUCGCUCCACUCAACGGAACAACCCCAGGAAUUCUUCUCCCCAUCGUACUAACAAAGACAUCCCCUGGGCCUCCUUCCCCCUCCGGCCCACCCAGAGUGAUGGCCCCCGAACCUCCUCCCCAUCCCGCUCCAAGCAAAGUGAGGUUCCCUGGGCAUCUAUCGCCCUCCGGCCAACCCAAGCUGACAGGCCUCAGACCUCGUCUCCCACCAAACCAGCUCAGCGUGACUCCCCCCAGUCCUCCUCGGGCCCUCCCCAGCACAACUCACCAGCCCGGGCCUCUUCUUCCUCGCACAACCCCGGUCCCCACAGUGCCCCCCGGACUUCCACGCCUUUGUACCUCACCCGAGGGGCAUCCCAGACCUCUUUCGAGUCCUCCCAGCCUCCAUGUGCUGUGUGCAUUGGGCACCGGGAUGCCCCCCGAGCCUCUUCGCCUCCUCGCUAUUUGCAAUAUGACCCGUUUCCCUUCUUCCCAGACCCCCAUGCCUCUGAGAGUGAAUCAACUCACCAUGAGCCUCCCUAUAUCCCCCCAGCCGUGUGCAUUGGACACCGGGAUGCUCCCCGGGCCUCCUCACCCCCUCGCCACACCCAGUUUGACCCCUUCCCCUUCCUCCCAGACACAUCAGAUGCUGAGAACCUGUCGCCCCAGCACGACCCUCCCCAGUUCCCCCCACCGGUGUGUAUCGGAUACCGCGAUGCACCCCGGGCCUCCUCCCCUCCGCGCCAGGCCCCUGAGCCCUCCCUCUUGUUCCAGGAUUUCCCCAGGGCCAGCACCGAGAGCCUUGUCCCCUCCACAGACUCCCUGCACGAGCCCCCCCACAUCCCCACCCCUGUGUGCAUUGGGCACCGAGAUGCACCAUCCUUCUCAUCCCCCCCACGCCAGGCCCCUGAGCCCUCCCUCUUCUUUCAGGACCCCCCUGGGACUAGUAUGGAGAGCCUGGCCCCCUCCACUGAUUCUCUGCAUGGCUCCCCAAUGCUGCCCCCCCAAGUGUGCAUUGGGCACCGGGAUGCACCUCGAGCCUCCUCCCCACCCCGCCACCCACCCAGUGACUUAGCCCUCCUGGCACCCUCACCUCCUCCAGGCAGCUCAGGGGGCUCCCGGGGCUCAGCACCCCCUGGGGAGACCAGGCACAACUUGGAGAGGGAGGAGUACACCGUGCUGGCUGACGUGCCCCCACCCAGGAGGCUGGCACAGAGGGAGCCAGGGCCCCAGGGCAGCAACGGGGGCCGAACCCGCAGCCCUGGCCGCGCAGAGGUGGAGCGCCUCUUCGGGCAAGAGCGCAGGAAGUCCGAGGCACCAGGGACCUUCCAGGCCCGGGACGAGGGGCGGUCGCAGCGGCCCGGCCAAGGUCAGAGCCAGCUUCUCCGGAGACAGUCCAGCCCUGCCCUCAGCAGGGAGGUAACCACACCCCUUGCGAAGCAGGCAGAACCAGCCCGGAGGAGCCGUGCAGAGCCCCCUCCUCCCAGGAGACCUGAGGGGGACCUGCGGCUCCAGGGGUCCUCGCCGCCCCCAAGAACAUCAGCCAGGACUUCUGAGAGGGAGCGGCGAACAGAGAAACCUCCAGAGAGAGGCCGAGCAGGCCCAAGACAGCCUCUGGGUGGGUGGCAGAGUCAGGAGGAGCUGCCUGGGGCCCGGGGUCCUCACAGACACUUGGAAAGAGGCUGGAGCAGCCAGGAGGAGGGCCCAGGCCUGGGGGGCUGGCAAGGACUUGGGGAGCCCAGCGGGGGCACUACCAGAGCCUUGGAGGGAACAUGGAGGGGCCCUCUCAGGGAGUCUGAGGAGAGCUGGGGGCAGUCAGAGGCCUGGGAGAAGCCCCCCAGUAACGGGCUGCAGAAGCCCCCUGACAGGCCAGCUCAAAGGGGCCGGGGCGCCCUGCAGGAGCUGUUCGGUCCUCCCCAGCCUAUGAGCCUCCCAGAGAACACCCGGGAAGGCCCAGCAGAGUUCUCGAAUUCCUGGAGGCCUGAGACAGUCACUGCUAUGGGCCGGGGAACUGAGGGCGCAUGCCCACACCUGCAUGGCCCUGAGAGGCGCCUCGAGCUUGACUGGAGGGACCUGCUGAGCCUUCUUGGGAUGCCCAGAGAGGGGGCCUGGGCCCGCACAGAGGAGCCAAUGCCUGCUGCCCGUCUUCCAAGGCUGGACUGGGAAGGCCUCCUGGAGCUCCUGCAGGCCCAGCUGCCCCGAAAGGACCCAGCUGGACAUUGGGGUGGCCCAGUCACAGCUCCAGGGCCAGAGCCGGGUUCCCCAGGCACAAAGGAUGCCCUUGAACGAGAGCAACAAAGCCAGCCUGCCAGCUGGGCAGAAACCACCCUAGUCAAUGGACACAGCCCCGAGCAGUGGCCCCAGAGCUUGGACCAGCUGCCCAGCCCUGCCUGCAUCUCCACCCAGUGGCCAAAGACCAAAGUAACGGGUGGACCAGAGACCUCAACUAUGGCUGGUCUGGAGACGAGCCAGCUGGGGAGUAGGAGCCCUGCAGAAGGCCCCAGCUCAGCAGACUGGGAGUUCCAAUCAAAGGAGCCUGAGGAGUCAGAACCGAGAGGAGACUCAUUGACUGACCAGAAGCGGGCAGACUCGGCAGACAAGAGGCCAGCGGAGGGCAAGUCUGGGAGCCCACUCAAGGGCCGACUGGUGACCUCAUGGCGGAUGCCCGGGGACCGGCCCACGCUGUUCAAUCCGUUCCUGCUCUCCCUGGGGGUCCUCAGGUGGCAAAGGCCCGAUCUGCUCAACUUCAAGAAGGGAUGGAUGUCAAUCUUGGACGAGCCUGGAGAGUGGAAGAAGCAUUGGUUUGUGCUGACUGAUUCAAGCCUCAAGUAUUACAGGGACUCCACCGCUGAGGAGGCAGAUGAGCUGGAUGGUGAGAUUGACCUGCGUUCCUGCACUGACGUCACCGAGUAUGCAGUACAGCGCAACUACGGCUUCCAGAUUCACACCAAGGAUGCUGUCUAUACCUUGUCGGCCAUGACCUCAGGCAUCCGGAGGAACUGGAUCGAGGCUCUGAGGAAGACUGUGCGUCCCACCUCAGCCCCAGAUGUCACCAAGCUCUCGGACUGCAAUAAAGAGAACACACUGCACAGCUACAGCACCCAGAAGGGCUCCCUGAAGGUGGGGGAGCAGCGUGCGGGCUCUGAGGUCAUCAGUCGGGGCAGCCCUCGGAAGGCAGAUGGACAGCGGCCAUCCCUGGACUACGUGGAGCUCUCCCCACUGUCUCAGGGCUCCCCACAGCGGGCCCGCACCCCAGCUCGCACUCUUGACCGCCCAGCCAAGCAGGAGGAGUUGGAACGGGACCUGGCCCAUCGCUCUGAGGAGCGACGCAAGUGGUUUGAGGCCGUGGACAGCAGGGCCACAGAGACACCUGCUGGCGAGGGGCCACGCCGGGGCCUCGGUGCCCCCCUGACCGAGGACCAGCAGAGUCGGCUCAGCGAGGAGAUCGAGAAGAAGUGGCAGGAGCUGGAGAAACUGCCCCUGCGGGAGAACAAGCGGGUGCCUCUCACCGCCCUGCUCAACCAAAGCCGUGGGGAGCGCCGGGGGCCCCCUAGUGACAGCCAUGAGGCACUGGAGAAGGAGGUCCUGUCUCUUCGUGCCCAGCUGGAGGCAUGGCGUCUUCAGGGGGAGGCUCCCCAGGGUGCGCCCAGGUCCCAGGAGGAUGGUCACAUCCCCCCAGGCUACAUCUCACAGGAGGCCUGGGAGCGCAGCCUGGCCGAGAUGGAGUCCUCCCACCAGCAGGUGAUGGAAGAGCUGCAGCGGCACCACGAGCGGGAGCUGCAGAGGCUGCAGCAGGAGAAGGAGUGGCUCCUGGCCGAGGAGACAGCCGCCACGGCCUCAGCCAUCGAAGCCAUGAAGAAGGCCUAUCAGGAGGAGCUGAGCCGGGAGCUGAACAAGACACGGAGCCUCCAGCAGGGCCCAGACGGCCUCCGGAAGCAGCACCAGUCAGACAUGGAGGCGCUGAAGCGGGAGCUGCAGGUGCUGUCAGAGCAGUACUCACAGAAGUGCCUGGAGAUCGGCACCCUGACGCGGCAGGCCGAGGAGCGCGAGCACACGCUGCGCUGCUGCCAGCAGGAGGGCCAGGAGCUGCUGCGCCACAACCAGGAGCUGCACGCCCGCCUGUCUGAGGAGAUUGACCGGCUGCGCGGCUUCAUUGCCUCACAGGGCACUGGCAGCGGCUGUGGGCGCAAUGAGCGGAGCUCCUGUGAGCUGGAGGUGCUGCUGCGAGUGAAGGAGAACGAACUUCAGUACCUGAAGAAGGAGGUGCAGUGCCUCCGGGACGAGCUCCAGAUGAUGCAGAAGGACAAGCGCUUCACCUCAGGAAAGUACCAGGACGUGUACGUGGAGCUAAACCACAUCAAGACACGGUCGGAGCGGGAGAUCGAGCAGCUGAAGGAGCACCUGCGCCUCGCCAUGGCUGCCCUGCAGGAGAAGGAGGCGAUGCGCAACAGCGUGGCCGAGUAGAGGUCCUGUGGUUCGGCCCAGCUGCAGACUCCCAGCCCAAGGGGACCAGUUGCCCUCCUUCCCUGCUGGAUGGAAGUCAGAAGCCAAGCUUUCUCCCCACCCUCUGUGGGCUACACAUGCACUCACAACUAUCACACACAUGCACAGACACAGGCACACAUACACUCUGCACAGGCAUGCACACCGCAUAGGCACACACACACCACACACACACACACACACGCUGCACAGGCACACACACCACACACAUACACCACACAGACACACACACACGCUGCACAGGUACACACACACUGCACAGGUACACACACACUGCACAGGCACACACACACGAGCAUACACAUAGGCACUGCAUAGACACACACAGGCACCACAAGGCAUACACACACAGACACACACACUCAGGAGCACACAUGCACAGGCAUGCACAUGUACACCACACACAUGCACAGGCGCACGCACACACACACACUGCGUAUCUGAGCGUGCCCCUCGCACUGGGUCUUCUUACCUUGCACCUUCUUCAGGAUUUUAUAUGUGAAGAGAUUUUUAUAUAUAGACUUUUUCCUUUUUUUUUUUUUUCCAAAACACGUUGUACUUUUUAAAAAGCAAUUCCUGGUGGCCGCGUGCCUCCAGCACUGGCUCCCCUGUCUCCAGCCUCCUGCUUGGGCUCCUGGGCCGUGGCCCUGUCCUGGGGUCUGGCAGCGGCCCUGGCAGAGUUGACUCUGGUGGGAGAGGCAAGGAGCCAGCCACCCUCCUCCCACCCUACCUCCCGCUAAUUACUUCCUGCCCUGGAGGAUCCUGCACCCUGGGACUCUGGACAGAGGGACAGACGGACAGAGGGAGCCGGCCUCUGUCUCCAUGGCCCCACCUCCCCCUCAGGGUGCUGGGCAUGGAACCGCUGGAGCUGCCCGUGAAGGCGUUUUCUCCUGCUCCAUCGCCUUCUUAACUUAAUAAAGUGUUCCUGCA